AUGGGUUUCCUCUAUUCGCAGUUUCUCGUCCGCCCCAGCUAUCCUACUCGCUCCUUCGAAGGUGAAACAGUACUCGUCACUGGCGCCAACGUGGGUCUCGGCCUGGAAGCGACGCGACACAUCGUGCGCCUGGGUGCUGCCCGGGUGAUUAUAGGUGUGCGCAAUGUUGAGGCAGGCAAAGCGGCCAAAAAGGAGAUCGAGACAUCCACUGGACGAUCGGGAGUAUGCGAAGUGUGGAAGGUCGAUUUGGCUUCCUACGAUUCGGUCUUGGCCUUUGGCGAUCGCAUCGCCCAGCUACCGCGGCUGGAUGCGGCCAUCCUCAAUGCAGCCCUAGCAACGAACAACUUUGAACUUGCAGAGGGCUACGAACGCACCCUCACCGUCAAUGUGAUCAACACCCUCCUUCUCGGUCUUCUCAUUCUCCCCACCCUGAAAGCGACCAGACAAAAUUUCCCUUCUACGCAUCCUCGUCUCACCUUUGUGGUGAGCGAAGUCCAUGCGUGGGCUGACACGACCGAACUGGCAGACGCAGGCGAUCGCAUACUCCAGGCCAUUUCCGAUCCAUCCAAGGCUAAAAUGUCGGGCCGCUAUAUGAUGUCCAAACUGCUCGAGGUCCUCUUGGUGCAGGAGCUGGCCAGUCGGGUGCGCGGCUCGGAAGUGAUAAUCAAUAUGCUCAAUCCGGGUCUCUGUCACUCUGCCCUGGGUCGUGAGUUUGGGUUGGGGUUCAUGCUCAUGAAGAUCGUCAUGGCGCGCUCCACUGAAGUGGGAUCCCGCACUCUGGUUGCUGGUGCCUCCACAGGUCUUGAAGGACACGGCGCCUACAUGACCGAUAGCCAGGUGGAUAAUAUGUCCUUGUCUUCAUUUGUUCGUAGCGACGAAGGCAGUCAGACUCGGGUAAAGCUUUGGAACGAGUUAUCGACUAUUUUGGAAGGUGUGCGGCCGGGGAUCAUGAAGAACGCUCAAUAG